GCCUGGGCUCAACGAUCAACAGUUGCUCGCAGCACAACGCACGCAAUCAUCCAGUGAUUCUCCAAGAACAAUCCUCAAAAUAACAACGACUCAGGAUGCGUCUGAUUCUUCUCGCACUCAUCGGCUUCCUCUGCCUGGCCUUCGUCCAUGGCCAAGAUUUCCUGGACGGCGACGAACGGGUGAAUCUCUUGGACGUGGCUGAUCAGGGAGCCGCCCAUGCCGUCAACGGUGAUCGCGAGGCCCGCGGCUAUGGUGGAGGUCACUACGGUGGAGGGCGCGGAGGUCACUACGGUGGAGGGCGCGGAGGUCACUACGGCCGUUAAAUCACGCAUCGACUCCAUACAUUGCAAUUUUGUAUAUACCCAUAAAUAAAACGAGGGGGAACGUUGUGAGUUGCUGCGGACACCGCAACUCUACAGUUAUACCCGAUACUAA